AGGUCAGUUGUAUAACUACAAGCCUGUGAGAAGGUCGUGCUACUUUCAACAGAAUAUAUUUUAUUCGAAAAAUUUCAUAUAUAUUUUGUAACUUGAAAUAAAAGCAAAAAUGGAUAGUGGCAAGCUGGAUUUCUUACAUUUCUCGAAUGCCCCGAAUGGCGAUUUCGAUGGCUUUUGCGGCUUUAUAAGAAAGAUGACUUUGAUGAUGUACAUGGGAUUUGACUAUGUGCUGAAUAGACAGGAGACGCGUUACGAUACAUCACUGGUAAUUGGAUUGACUGCCUGUGCCAUGGGUAUUUUUAGCUUCUUUACAUACUUCAUAGUGAAAGUGCAGAGCUACCAGACUCUGUUCUGCGGAACUGCUGGUGUCCAAGAAGAACCGCCUGAGAUCGUCGAAGAUGAAGAUGAAGAUGAAGACGAGGAUGAAGAUGAAGAUGAAGAUGACGGUGAAGAUAAGGAUAAGGAUAAGGAUGAAGAUAAGGAUGAAGAUAAGGCGAAGGUCGAUGAGCCAACUUCGACGGAGGAUGGCCACUCCACGGCUUCGGAAAUGUCAGUUGGCGGGCAAUUACCAAAGCCUAGUAAACGUGGCCGUUCCAAGAAGUCGCCAAAAGGAAAGCCCCGCAAUACACAACUAAUUAAUCAUUUUAUGGAAGUUACCGAUGUGGGACACUGCCUAUUUACCUAUAGCGAACGCAAGAAAUCUCCUGAACGUGAACCCAGGGUCCAGGUGGGAAUCAGAAAGAUCAUUACUAUCUAUGGCAGAAAACAGGGCUAUCUAUACUUCACAGCUACAGAGGCACUUGAAAUGCAAGACCUAAAUAAGGUGAUGUAUCCACGGUCAAAGGUUGCUAAGAACAGUCCUCAAACUAAGCUCUGCGAUGAAGGAGUGGAUCUUAACCCCCCAUGCACGAAUAUUUGAUUUUGUUUUUAUUUUUAAUAUUUCAAAUACUUUUAUACAUCUACACAUCAUACGUCGAUCAAUUUGAUAUGCAAAGCAUAUCCAUCGACUAGGCACAAUGCAAAUUCCUCGUCGUGAAAUCAUGUGUAUCAGCUUUUAGAGAACACUCACUUGGUUUUAAAUUAUUUGUGUGCAUUUCUCUGGAAUUAAUCGUGCUGUAUGAAUAUAACAAACAUGUUGCAAUGAAA